AAGAAGUCGGGGCGGGGCCAAGCGGCGCUUCCCUCAAGUACGAGGAGGUGACACCAUCGAGAGUGAGGGCCAGAGAGUCAUGGCGGUAAGGGGGCGGAGUGACGGGUCGUUCCAAACCACGCUGCUGGAGGCGCAAGCUGGGGUUUUGAUAAUGCCUCAGGGCCUGUGAGGUUCGGUGGUUCCCUUUCAAGAUGCCCCUCUCAGACUUUAUUGUGGCCCUGAAGGAUAAUCCCUAUUUUGGGGCUGGAUUUGGGCUGGUGGGUGUGGGCACAGCCCUUGCCCUGGCCCGGAAGGGCGUCCAGUUGGGCAUGGUGGUAUUCCGACGCCAUUACAUGAUCACAUUGGAAGUCCCUGCUCGAGACAGGAGCUAUGCUUGGUUGCUUAGCUGGCUCACCCGUCACAGUACCCGAACUCAGCACCUCAGUGUCGAGACUUCGUACCUUCAGCAUGAAAGUGGCCGCAUCUCCACCAAGUUUGAAUUUGUUCCCAGCCCUGGAAACCAUUUUAUCUGGUAUCAGGGGAAAUGGAUCCGGGUGGUACGAAGUCGAGAGAUGCAGAUGAUAGACCUGCAUACGGGGACUCCUUGGGAAUCUGUCACCUUCACGGCCCUGGGCACUGACCGCAAAGUUUUCUUCAACAUCCUGGAGGAAGCUCGAGAGCUAGCCUUGCAGCAAGAGGAAGGGAAGACAGUGAUGUACACAGCCGUGGGCUCUGAGUGGCGCCCCUUUGGUUAUCCACGCCGGCGGCGGCCACUGAGUUCUGUGGUUCUACAACAAGGUCUGGCUGACCGAAUUGUCAGAGACAUCCGAGAAUUCAUUGAUAACCCCAAGUGGUAUACUGACAGAGGCAUUCCCUACAGACGUGGCUACCUGCUUUAUGGGCCCCCUGGUUGUGGAAAGAGCAGUUUUAUCACAGCACUGGCCGGGGAAUUGGAACACAGCAUCUGCCUGCUGAGUCUCACAGACUCCAGCCUCUCCGAUGACCGGCUCAACCACCUGCUGAGCGUGGCCCCACAGCAGAGCCUGGUGCUUCUGGAGGACGUGGAUGCUGCUUUUCUCAGUCGAGACUUAGCUGCGGAGAACCCAGUAAAGUACCAAGGUCUAGGUCGUCUCACCUUUAGUGGACUGCUCAAUGCCCUGGAUGGUGUGGCCUCCACAGAGGCACGUAUUGUGUUCAUGACCACCAACCAUGUUGAGAGGCUGGACCCUGCCCUCAUACGCCCCGGGCGAGUAGACCUAAAGGAGUACGUGGGCUACUGCUCACACUGGCAGCUGUCCCAGAUGUUCCAGAGGUUCUAUCCAGGGGAAGCACCUUCGUUGGCUGAGGCCUUUGCAGAACAUGUCCUUAAAGCUACAACCCAGAUCAGUCCUGCCCAGGUGCAGGGUUACUUCAUGCUGUAUAAAAACGACCCUGCAGGCGCAAUCCAUAAUGCUGAGACUCUGAAGAGGUGACCAAGCUGUGCACAGCUCUCCAACUGUAGGAGACCAAUAAACACCUGCCACACU